AGGAUGUCUUUAAACACCACGGAAAGUGAGGAGUACACGUGCGUGCGCUUCUACGUGUCCACCGUGUCCUUCUCGGUGCUGCUCUUCUUCAACCUCAUCAUCAACUGGACCAUCGUGCGGGAGGAGCGGCUGCGCGGGCACGCGCGCUUCGUGCUGGUCUUCCACCUGCUGGUGUCGGCCCUGGUCUACCUGGGCAUGAGCAGCGUCUUCUACUACCAGAUCCACCUGAGCGCGCGGCCGGGCCACACCGCGUGCAUGACCAUGAUCACGGUGCUGAUCAGCAGCGCGGCCAACAUCCUGCUGACGCUCACCGCCAUGGCGUUGGAUCGAUUCUGCGCCGUGUGCCACCCGCUGCGCUACAGCUCCAUCUGCACGGCCGGGUACUGGCCCUGGGUGCUGGGGGUGGUCACCUGGCUGCUGGCCCUGGUCAUCCCUCUCAGCCUGCUCGUCAAGCCAGACCCCGAGGACCACGAGGAAUGUGACCGGGCCCAGCUGAAGAGAGGCGAGCUGCAGAAGGUGCUCUUCAUCGGCGUGUGCACGCUGCUCAUCCUCUACAGCUACGUGAGGAUUCUGCAGGAGAGCCGGAGGCUCGGGGUUCUCAACCGGCGCAACCGGGCCGGGUGCAGGACCAUCGCCCUGCACGGAACCCAGCUGGCCGUUUACCUCCUGCCCAACUUUGUGAACUUCAUGCUCACGAUUCUGAGAAAAAAGGACUUUAUUCAGCAAGAGACCAAAGAGCUGGCAGCUGUGGUCAUCUUCGCCUUCUUCAGCGUGGCGCAGUGCAUCGCGCCGGUUGUCUACGGCUUGCGCAAAGAAGAACUUCUGGAGCAGCUGAAUCGCAGGUUCCCCUGCUGCUCCCGGUACUUAAAGACUGUCCUCGGGUGGACAGUAAGAGCCAGCUGGCCACACACACAACCAGAUGGAAGGGAGCGAACGUUGACUGUUCAGACAACCAUCUCGUUCGAACCCCCGCACGAAGACGAUAAGGAAACUGGACCGUUGUCAGUCAAUGGUUUCUCACAUGACCAAAACUCAUCCCAGGGAAUUACGGACAAAGCUUGAUGGGAAAACUGAUUGAUCACUGGACCUUAAGUGUGACGGGA